AUCCCAAGCCAUUACAACAUCAAGAAGCUCAUCACCAAAUAUACUGGAGUCAAGUCAAUCAAACAUGAUAUGUGUCCUGAUAGUUGUGUGGCCUUCACAGGCCCAUACUCUGCACUUGAUAAAUGUCCUAUAUGUGAGGAGGAUUGCUAUGAUGCUAUCAGACUGCAAGUCAGUGCAGGUUGA